AUGGGGAGAGCUGGAAAAAAUGUGGCAGAUGCUCCACGUAAUUUUUUCGAUAUCGGCACUGCCGGUGACUGGGUGGCCGGCUAUGUUACCCUGUGUGGUGCCGCAGCCGACGCCCUCGAGGCAAAGAGCAAUGCGACGCUGCCCGCAGCGGAGCAGAUUUUGUCCCGUUAUAGUCGUACACCUGCGAGAGCUGUCACUCUGCUUUUAUCUAUGAAUACUGCGCGCAGCCUACGAGAGUACUUGGGAAUCGACUAUACCCCUGACUAUGGAAUGGUGCUACUUCGAAGAGGAUCCCCUCCUUUCUCAGACGAAUAUUUUGGUUCUCCACAUGUUAUGUGGUGGUUUCCCAUUCCUGCCAUACUUUCCGUUGUUUUUGUCCUAUUUUGCGUGCAUACUGCUUCACAGGAAAAAUUGCCGUUCUUCCUGGUAUCCACUUCACCAGUCGCAAAUCAAACUAGUUGUUUGCUAAUGUCAUUUGUCAUCCUUAUUUUCUCCCUUAACCUCACACAAGGCUUAUACACGCUUCUUCUUUGCGAUCAACUGAGGUUCAGUUUUGCUUGUGCUACCAAGUGGUUUUUGCAAACGGUUUGCGUCGGCUACCCAUCGCUUAGAAUCCUUACAGAACAUGGCCGCAAGGUUCAGGAGUACUGGUCAUCAUAA